GCUGCUAGUUUCAGGUACUCACACAGCAAAAGCGAAAGUAAGAGAAAGAGAAUCAGAGAGAGUGCGUUUUGAGUGAGAAAAAAAUUUAAGAGAUCGAUCGAGAUGGCAAUUAUUAGGUGGUGUGUAAUGCUGGCUCUUGCUCUGGCUAUAGUUCAGACUAGUACUGCAGCAAGAACUGUGCCCAGCAGCAAUGGUGGCGGCCUCGACGAUCAAAAGAACUUUAUUUCAUACAGCGGAGUUGGCGGCUAUUCUGGGAUCGGCAACGAUGGACUCCCCUUUGGCGGAGUGGGUGCAGCUGCUGGCAUGGGUGGUGGGCUCGGCGGUGGUGGAAUGGGUAGCUUCGGUGGUGCUGGUGCCGGUGGUGUGCCUGGUGUCGGGGUUGGGGUUCCAUUUAAUCCUUGAAGUUGUUGUUGUACUGCAUGGGAUUUGAGUUUACCUAAUAAUUACCUUAUCUAUAUGAUCUAGUACUGUUUGAAGUUAAUUAGUUGAUUAGCUGUGUGAGAUGUUAGAUGUUUAUCUCUAUUAUGUUUUUCUUUUCUGAGCCGUACUGAGAGAUCGAUGUUUGUAUUUGGAGAUGCUUUGUUUCCCAACGUCUAAUUAGAAACUAAAAAUAAGAAUAUUGAAGACAAUGUUUCCAUUUGUCAUUACUUCGGGUACUUAUAAUUGCAAUAAUAUGGCAUUUGACGCUUAA